UCAAAAUGAUGAUAAUACAUGGAAUGAGUUUGUCUUACUUCAUCUGCAUGUGAUGCCGCUGUUCCCGCAAGCAUAUACAGCUCAUCUUCCAUCAUUACCAAUAUACCAUCAUUUCAUUGCAAUUUGCAGCAAUACACCCCAUUUUGGAAUAUCCAAUCUCUAACUGCUUCUCAAACAAUAGUAUGGUCCUGAAUUAAAGUUUUGUUAAUUUCAUGCGAAAGUGACUGAUAUCUUGAGGGGACAGAGAGAGAGACCUUGUUACUUUACAUCUAGUGUUGUUCUUCUCUCUUCAAGUCAAAAAAAAUGGACAAGAAACUAUUUCUCUUGUUCAUAUUUUCAGCAGUAUUGGUUUGUAUUGAAGCUGAACCAUUGGAAGAUAAACAAGCUUUACUUGAUUUCCUUCACAACAUAAACCACUCUCCACACUUCAAUUGGGAUGAGAAUUCUUCUGUAUGCCAAACAUGGAGAGGGGUUACCUGCAACACCGAUGGAUCACGAGUUAUCGCAAUUCGAUUACCUGGAGCCGGGUUAAGCGGUCCAAUCCCACCAAACACUCUCAAUCGUCUUUCGGCUCUCGAGACUGUUAGUCUUAGAUCAAAUGGUAUCACUGGUGAUUUCCCUGAUGGUUUCUCUGAGCUGAAAAACUUGACUAGUCUUUAUCUUCAAUCUAACAAGUUUUCCGGACCAUUACCAUUGGAUUUUUCUGUUUGGAGUAAUCUAUCUAUUGUUAAUUUUUCCAACAAUUCUUUUAAUGGUAGCAUCCCUAUUUCAAUUUCAAAUCUUACUCAUCUCUAUUCAUUAGUCCUUGCUAAUAACUCUCUUUCUGGUAAGAUUCCUGAUCUUAAUAUUCCAAGCCUAAAAGAGAUGAAUUUAGCAAACAAUAAUCUUAGUGGUGUUGUGCCUAAAUCACUUCUUAGAUUUCCAAGUUGGGUUUUUUCUGGUAACAACCUUACAUCAGAAAAUAGUACACUUUCUCCGGCUUUUCCUAUGCAUCCACCUUAUACUCUUCCACCAAAGAAAACCAAAGGACUCAGCAAAACUGCAUUAUUGGGAAUCAUCAUUGGUGUUUGUGCACUUGGAUUUGCAGUGAUAGCAGUUGUCAUGAUUUUGUGCUGCUAUGACUAUGCUGCUGCAGGUGUAAAAGAAUCUGUGAAAUCCAAGAAAAAAGAUGUAUCUAUGAAAGCCGAAUCUUCUGCAAGUCGAGAUAAAAACAAGAUAGUCUUUUUUGAGGAUUGUAAUCUUGCAUUUGAUUUAGAGGAUCUUUUGAGAGCUUCAGCUGAGAUUCUUGGAAGGGGUACUUUUGGUACAACAUAUAAGGCUGCUAUAGAGGAUGCGACCACGGUGGCAGUGAAGAGGUUGAAAGAGGUUACUGUUGGGAAAAGGGAAUUUGAACAGCAGAUGGAACUGAUUGGGAAAAUUAAGCAUGAAAAUGUGGAUGCAUUAAGAGCUUACUAUUAUUCAAAGGAUGAGAAACUAGUUGUAUCUGAUUAUUAUCAACAAGGCAGUGUUUCUUCCAUCUUACAUGGCAACAGAGGGGAAAGAAGAACUCCUGUAGACUGGGAUAGCCGUUUAAGGAUCGCAAUUGGUGCAGCAAGAGGCAUUGCUCACAUCCAUACUCAACAAGGAGGGAAACUUGUUCAUGGAAACAUAAAAGCCUCAAACAUCUUCCUCAAUUCACACGGAUAUGGCUGUGUAUCUGACACGGGCUUAGCAGUAUUGAUGAGUUCAGUACCUUCACCCGGAACAAGAGCAUCAGGAUACCGUGCGCCAGAAGUAACCGACACACGUAAAGCAGUGCAUUCGUCGGAUGUAUACAGUUUUGGUGUCCUGUUACUUGAGCUUCUAACUGGGAAAUCUCCCAUAUACUCUUUAGAAGGUGAACAAAAUAUACACUUGGUUAGAUGGGUGAAUUCUGUGGUCAGAGAGGAAUGGACCGCAGAGGUUUUCGAUGUGGAGCUUUUGAGGUAUUCAAAUAUUGAGGAAGAAAUGGUGGAGAUGCUACAAAUUGGGAUGGCUUGUGCAGCAAGAAUGCCGGAUCAGAGACCGAAAAUGUCUGAAGUUGUGAGAAUGGUGGAAGGGAUUCGUCCCGAAAAUCGACCAUCGUCUACUGAGUCUAGAUCAGAAGUUUCUACUCCAACUGUUUAUGCAACUUAAAUACUUACUAUUUAUAACUAUGUUUCACAGUGUGAGAUUCUUUUGUUUUGGUCAAUAGUUUUUAAGGUGUAAUCAAUAGCUUAAUUUCAAGUAUUCAUUUGUGGGGCAUUGGAUUUGGCAGAAAAUUAAAUUAAAUUGGUGGUAGGUGGUUAAGCUAUUAGAUUUAGCUGAUGGCUAAAUCAAAUUGGGUCCCUUUGCCUGUUACUCUUUUAUUGUAUUGUGCGGGUAGCGAUUCUUCUUGGACUCUUUGGUGUAUUUAUGCUUAAUUUGGGAUCCACAAUGAAUAUAGAACCCAAGUUCUGACAACAUUCCAAAGUCAAAGUGUUGUCUUGAACUGCACAAAGGACACUAUUAAGUUACUGUUCAGUGAUUCAGACUUGGAAACUUUGAUUGAUUAAGACAUUGAUUUAAACUA